AUGGCUAUGUCUAGGGUUUUCUUUUCCGAGCUCAGGUUUUCGGAGGCUAGGAAUGUCAAUAAAGGUGGGGAACUGAUCAGUCUCGACAUGCUUUUUCUAGAUGAGAAGACGAGAGAGAAACCAUGGCAGAGCUUUGGCAAACUUUACACUCUCAAUAAUCUAUUUAGGGAAGGAGCGGUGUACAAGCUUAGUGUGUUCGUCGAUGCUAGAAACAACAACCACUUCAAGUUAGCUCAGGAAGGCUCAUCUUCCACUUCUUCAAAGUAUGGUGUGCUUCAGAAACUUGAAAUUGUCGCACUCUCCGAGUUGAACUGCUAUGUCCUCAACUCCUCUCACAGGCGGUGGAGUUCAUGUGCAAAGCUGAGGUAG